UACAAUUUGACAGUUAAAGCAUUUCGCGGAAAAUUGUAUUGUUAACAAACGAAGAACAGGAAAUAUUUAAGAUACAUGAUGACCGGAUUUUCUAAGAAAUAACUGGGCAGUAUUAAAAUUUCCUGUGAAAGUGUGACAAUUCAUAACAGUUUUUGGAACCGAAGAAAUCACGUUAUAGUCUAACUUUAUAUUAAGUCUACGCAAAGGUCCUAAAAGUUGAAAUAGUUGGAUGGUGUAAAAAUAAAUUAAAUUGAGUUACUGUAUGAUGCGUUUAUUACUAGCUGUUAUUUUCCAGCAAUUAGUGCGGAGGAUAUGUUUUACGAAUAAGUAACUAUAGGAUCUUAUUGUCUUUUGUAUCAUAGCCACAUGUUGUACGUGUACCAGAUGAGAUGCAGUUAUAGAUGUGUGCUGUCGUGGAAGAGAGUGCUCGAGAAUUAAAUGAAAAAUAGCGAAAUUUUAGAUUAAACAUUGGCUCUGUUUUAAAGUACUAACAAUUUCUGACACAUUAUAUAAACCUAUACGCUAGUUUACAUAAAAAUGAAGCUUCCUGUGAUAGAUUUCGCCAGUUGUGCGAUACGAAACAAAAAUAUAUCUACGAAAGACUUGAAGUCUGUUGGAGAAUCGAUUGUGAAAGCUUUUCACUCGGCCGGCUUCGUUUAUCUAAAAGAUACUGGUAUAUCAAAGAAUGAUGUGGAGAAAUUGAAUAAAACUGCGAAACAAUUUUUUGAUCUACCCAUGGAAAAAAAGAAGAAGUAUGACAUCAAUCAAGAGUGCUUUGGCUACAUCGGGAUCGGAGUAGAGAAAAAUUCGGCUUUAAGGCCCGCAGAUUAUAAAGAAGGUUUUGAUAUUCCUGGAUCUGCAUUUGUACCUGGACGAACAAUCUGGCCAGACAAAGAAGUUGCUGGAUAUUCUUGUGUCAUGAAGGAAUUCGGGGGCCAUUGUCGUUUCUUGUCAACUCGAAUAUUGGGAGCAAUAUCAUUGGGAUUAGGUCUCAAGGAUAAAGAAUACUUGAUGAAAUGUCAUUCUCGAAUGAACGAUGAAAGGAAUUUAACGACACUCAGAACACAUUACUACCCACGCAUACCCGAUGAGUGUUCGUUCGAACCAGGUCAAGUUCGUCUUAGUGAACAUACUGAUUUUGGAUCUUUUACUAUUUUGUUUCAAGAUAAAGUGGGCGGACUGCAGGUGAAAGCCAACAAUGGAGAAUACGUGGAUGCCACUCCUAUACCGGGAACAGCGUUAGUAAACAUAGGAGAUGCUUUGCAGUUUUGGACACAAGGAAGGCUCAAAUCAACGGAACACAGAAUACUGAUGCCCAAAACAGCCGAAGAAAACGUCGAGAGAAGAUCAAUUGCUUACUUUGUGCAAGCUAACAACGAUGUCUUGUUAUCUGAGCUACAAUAUGAAAACAAUGACAUUUUCUCGUCCAGAAAAGCGUCACAAGUCACCGACGAACCUGUUACUGUUCUUCAGUAUUUGAAAAAGCAAUACAAAAGCAUUAACUUGCAAAGCCUGGAUCAUUACAGUGAAUAACAAUGCGAACACUAACAGAUAAAAUGCCAAAGAGCCAAAAUUUUAGCAUUACGGUCAGCAUGAAAUUAAUUGUCAUGUUACAACAAGAAGGAUUAUAUUAACAGUAUAUAUAUAUACAGUCGAUUAGUUAGUAUGUUGUGUUGGAAGUUUUCUAUUGAUAGAACUAUGAAGUUUUUGAAUCACAUUUUUAUGGUUAUUUUUUUUUUUUUCAAUUUCGUUUGCGAAUUUUUUUCUGAUUAAAAAAAAAUUGU